AGCACAAGUUUAGUGUUCCGUGAUGACGUCACCGCUCCACAUUGAGCCCGCUCGUUCGCUCAGUAGUAGUGAGUGAGUGAGUGAGUGAGAUAGAUAGAGGCGCGCUCUAGUAAAGUACACACUGCCAUGAACUUCUGUUUGUAACUUCAUUGUUGUUGCUGGUCUUUGGACAGGCCCGGUACGAAGAAGGAGGAAAAAAACCCAGAAAUUCUAAACUUUUCUUUGCCGUAAGUUUGCCAGUUUUUUUCUUUUUUUUGAACAGCACCAGCGGACAGCCGAUAGAAGGCUAUCUACUUUGGCGAGCGAUGUCUUCUGCGGCGGUCGCUGCUUCCAGGAGGCAGUCGUGUUAUUUAUGCGACUUGCCUCGCAUGCCGUGGGCUAUGAUCUGGGAUUUUACAGAGCCCGUUUGCAGAGGAUGUGUAAACUACGAGGGAGCGGACCGCAUUGAGUUUGUGAUCGAAACGGCUCGGCAGCUCAAGAGAGCUCACGGCUUCCAGGAGGGGAGAUCACCGGGGCCGGUAAAAGCGCAGCUCUCCUCUGGCAAGGACAUCCAGCAGAUCAAUCACACGACGGCUGAUCCGGGAUCCCGGCCGCCUCAACCCCUGGAUCGCUAUCCCAUCGCUUCAGAUCGCCCUCCACGGCUGGGACCCGAGUAUUCAUCUGCAAGGCAAGCUAAUGGCAUCCCGGUGCCUAAUGGAUUUCCCAAACCGGACGAGCCACCGGAGCUGAACAGGCAAAGCCCCAACCCCCGCAGGACUAGCACGGUGCCCCCCACUUUGAUGCCUUUAGUCAACGGGACAUCUCACAAUCUGCCCCCGCCGUCUGUGCACGCUGUCAACGGCAGGAACUCGCAGAUGGGAAUCUCGCCUGCGUUAACGGCGAGCCAAGCAGAGAUCAGCAGCAAGCGGCCGGCCUCCGUCUCCAGCACGGACCACGAGCGGGAUAUCAAAGACAAGCACCGGGCGGACAGCCUGUCCGACAUCGGUGAGAAUCACAAAAACAGAUCCGAGGAAUGGCCGAAUAAGCCUAAGACAGUGCGGGACAUGAUGGCUUUGCACCACUCGCCUUUCGACGCGCGCUUCAAGAAGGAGCACGCACCCUUGCAGCAGGGCAGGGGCAUGGGCUUUGAUGCCAGUCCUGUGGCCACCAAGUCAGGGCGCGGCGGGGUAAGGAAGCGGAAACCAUCCCCGGAGCCUGAAGGAGAAGGGGCACCCGCCAAGAUCAACGGGGAAGGGCAACAGUGGCUGCCCCCUGCCGAAGUAAUGAAAAUGACCACCAUGGCCACCACCUUUGUGACACCUCCUUCUCCUCAUUCCAACCGUACUACUCCGCCAGAAGCUUCCCAGAAUGGCCAAUCGCCCAUGGCAGCCCUCAUACUGGCGGCAGACAACGCCGGGGGGAACAGCUCCCCUAAGGACGCCAACCAGGUACACUCCACCACCCGGCGGAACAGCAACAGCCCCCUGUCCCCUUCAUCUAUGAACCAAAGGAGAGUUGCUCAAAGGGAUGUGCCAGGUGCAGGGACGCCGCACGCCCCAGGCAUGGAGCAAGGGCACCCCCAAAGCAUUCCGGACUCGUCAGUACCAAGCAGUAUCCCCUUGUGCUGCACCCUGUGUCACGAGCGCCUUGAGGACACGCAUUUCGUACAGUGCCCUUCAGUAGCUUCGCACAAGUUUUGCUUUCCGUGCUCCAGAGAGAGCAUCAAGCAACAAGGGGCAACCGGGGAAGUGUAUUGCCCCAGUGGAGAGAAAUGCCCCCUGGUGGGCUCAAGCGUACCAUGGGCUUUUAUGCAAGGGGAAAUCGCAACCAUUCUUGCAGGGGAUGUCAAAGUAAAAAAGGAGAGGGACCCUUAACUUCUUUAAAAACACAGCAACUACAAAAAAAGAAAGAAAAAUAUAAAUAUAUAAAUAAAUGCAUACAUACCAUCCAAAAGAAACUAAAGGACCUGUAUAUAUGUUGAACAUAAGAGAAGUGUAAACUUCGUAAACAUGGCUGUAUAAUUUUUGAUUUUUGAAUACAUUGUGUUUAUAUUUUUUGAAGAUAAAGGUAUGUACUCAUUAUAAUGGACUAUUUUUCCCCCUUUUUUGUCGAUGUUUAAUUGCAAAAAAGAAAAAAAAAACAUACAUUCAAACGAAAAAAAAUCAUUUGAUGUACUUUAGGUCUGGUGACAGUUCCUGUUAAAACGUAGAAUGUGACUAAUGCUACUCUACGAGCACUUGGCAAAAACUGAAAUGCUUCUAGCUGUACUUGUAUGCACUUGUUAAAAUAUUGCCAAAUACAGUUUCUGACCUUGUAAUAAUAA